CGCCAACGUUGCACAACGGCUUGUACGGCUUGUAUCUGAGCUGAGGGUGCACGUAUUGAAUACAUCAUGCCAGCAAGUCGACUGUCCGUUCCGGUCUUCGACCAUCCCCGACCUCCUUCCCUUCUGCAUUGCGCUGCUCCGACUGUUCAUUGCACGAUAUGCCUGCCACUGUCGGCCUUCUCUGGGUGAACAAGACACCCACUUCAACGUCGCUGUCACACUCGGACAAGGAGGAGCGGCUUCGUCUGUUCUCCCAUGCCCAGCGCAGUAGUCGACCGCGCAAGGGCAAGAAAGCAUGCAAAACACCGCUCUGUUGUCAAGUCGCACGAGCUUGCACGUUUUGUUCUCCGCCAUGCUCUCACCCUCCCAAAGUACCGCUUGCUCGCCCAUCGGAUCUCGAGAAAAGACAUUCCGUUGACCGUGUGCUACCCAUGGAUCCUUCUUGGCUCCCCGAGGAGCGGCGCAGCGUCAGCUUCUUCCAGAAAGUGACGAGCCGCAAAAUCCUCACCUGGCAUCGCGACCGCCGAUUUUGGCAGACGAUAGUGCCAUGCUUAGUCGAGCAGCACCCAGCAUUUCGACACCUAGUGACCGCUAUCGCCUCCACGCACGAGCUACUGUCCGACAAGGAUGCCUCGAUCAAGGAUGCCUUCGCUCUGACUCAAUGCAACAAAGCCACGAGGCUCUUGCUGUCCUCGCAAUCCUGGUCGCCAGCGCUGCUCCUGGCGUCAUGCAUCUUGGUGUCUGCAUACAACCUGCUCCGCUGUGAUCUCAAUCGUGCUCAGCUCAGCAUUAUGAGCGGUCUCAAGAUCAAUCCCGCGGGGACAGCGGGUGCCGGCUCGGGGGAACAAGAACAUGCCGAGCAGUUCAAAGACAUUCUCACACGUCUGUGCACUCAGCAUGGGUUCAAGUUGUGGUCUCCGGACGUCAAUUUCCAAUUUGAAAGGACAAAGGCUGCCGGUCCUCUUAUAAUCGAACCCGUUUGGCCCAGCGGCCCCUUCUCCGCCCUCGAACAGGUCGCCGCGGCGCAUCGCACCAUCACGUUCGAAGCCGUGGCCAAUAUCUUGCGCAAUGUCGCUCGAGGCGCUUAUGUGGAUCCCGAUUGUGCCUUGGCCAGGGAAAUCACACGGCAGAUGAUGCUGUUCUCGUUGCACUACAACGACUUCCGUGAUCGAGUGCCCGCCGACGAUACAGAGACGAUACUGGGGCUAAAGCAGAUCCGAUUCGGCUUCUACCACACAUACCUGCUAUGGCACACCAAACUUAUCAGUCCGACUGAGCUCACAUUCGAUUCCUACCCAAACAUCUGUCGAGAAAUGCUGGCUCUGGCAGAAGAAGUCGUCGCAGCCCGCCACGAUGGGCAAUCUCCAGUCUACCUUGACGGGAUUGUGAACGGUGCACUGUUCGGCCUGGGCCGCAGCGCGUUCAGUUCCGAUAUCCAACCCCGAGUCGUGGCUCUCCUUAAAAGCCAGGCGCCCUACGAGUUCGGAUCCAUAAACUGGGUCCGCGGGACCGUAGUAGAAUUAAUCACAGAGACGGGUAAUCGACGCACAGACAUCGACUGCGCCGGUCCGGACCCUAUGCCACGACAGCACUUCGUUUUGGCAGGCUUGUCCUGCGGAGACGACAAGAUCAUCCGAGUGGAGUACACUCUCCCCGGCUUAGACGCCACAACUCACGCUUGCGAGUUCCCAGUGGACUGGACGCCGUGCUUGGGGCACGAUGUCACCGCCAGUCAAAUUGACGAGCAUUUGCAAGGCAUCGUGUCGGCGUACCGGAUGUACGGCAAGCCGCAUCCGUCACGUUGCGUGGAUGGCUGCGUGCGCGAGAUGCUAUUCGAAGGAGAGACGGUGCCGGUCCAUUGGGAAAGAGCCAGCCCAGCACUACCGGAGGAGGAAGAGGAGGAGCCGUGACUGCUCAUAGGAAACAGCAUCAAUGAAUAUCUGCAUGAAUUGAUUGGUGUUAUCUGCACUGUGGAGAGACGGACCUUUCAUGUGGGACAAGGUCAACGGGAAAGUCCAAGCCUCGAUG